AGAGGUAGUGCUAGGAGCCCGGCGGAGAUCUGCGGAGCUGAAAUGAAGCGCACACACGGAGCGGCUCACACCACGCAGCGCCGUGCGGCUCAGGAAGAGGCUCCACUCCGCUCCAGCUCAAGCCUGCUGCGGCUGAAUGAAGGGCUCCGUCCAUGCGGAGGCUAGCGCUCUUCCUGCUGCCCUGUGCUGUCGCCGUCCUGGUGCACUUGUGGUUGGCACAACGACCCUCCUUCUCCUUCUUCUUCACCCCGCUGGAGAACAGCACACGCUCGGAUGAGCGCUUGCCUUUCUUUGACGUUUUGGUGGGAGUUCUGUCCGCAAGGCACCAUCAUGACCUCCGGCAAGCAAUAAGAGACACGUGGCUGGGCUACAUUACAGAUCACCCGCACUUCCAGCACAGAGUGGCGGUGAAGUUCAUCGUGGGUCGACAUGGCUGUCCCAUCCCGGACGAGGACAGGGAGGAUCCGUACUCUUGCUCCCUCCUGAACGUCAGCGAGCCAGUGUCGGGUCAGGAUGCGGAGAUGGAGAUCGUGACGGUGGCCGACCCCUCGCUGCUCGUCGCCGCCGACGUGUCGGCCAUCGCUCUGGACUUUAAAGUCCUGCACCCGGUGGUGAUCACCCGGCUCGGGGUGUUUUCCAGCGGGACGCGGCCUGAGCUGCACGGCAACGUGACGGUGAAGCUUCUGCAGCUGGACCAGGAGGAGGCUGUGGUUACAGCCCGGUUCAGCUCCAUCAGCAUGGGGACCGUGGUGAACUGGGUGUGGUACAAACCAGUGGAGCAGUUCAUCUUGCCCAAGGGUUUUGAGGGGACGCUGGUUUGGGAGAGUCAGGACUCUGCUCUGCUCACCACCGUCAACUCCUCAUCCGUGGAGCUCAAUGAUGGCGGCGGCGUCCUCAAGAUAUCCUCUAUUGCAGAAGGCGUCUUGCCUCACAGAAGUGCUCUUGGAUUUCCCGGUUUGGCUGGAGGAUUCACGUUUACCAUCUACGAUGAAGACGGAUUGUCCGGGCUCCUGCGAGGCCGCGCUGCCAGGAUGGAGAAGCACACCUCCGGUUUGAGGCGGGAGGACGCCACUCUGCAGGAGGAGAGCCUCAGGCAUGGCGAUGUGGUGUUCGUAGACGUGGUGGACACCUACAGGAACGUGCCUUCCAAGUUGCUUCAGUUCUAUAAAUGGUCCGUGGGAAACGCUGACUUUAAUCUGCUGCUGAAGACGGAUGAUGAUUGUUACAUCGACGUGGACUCGGUGUUAAUGAAAAUUGACCACAAGGGUCUGAAGCGCAGAAACUUCUGGUGGGGGAAUUUCAGGCAGAGCUGGGCCGUGGAUCGGAUCGGGAAGUGGCAGGAGCUGGAGUACGCCAGCCCGGCUUACCCGGCGUUCGCCUGCGGCUCGGGUUACGUGGUUUCUCAUGACCUGGUCCAGUGGCUCGCCAGCAACGCAGAGAAGCUGAAGGCCUAUCAGGUAGAGAUAAAGUUAUUUGACGUCUGUCUGCAGGACGCCGGCUGGCUGUGUGAAAAGGAAUGCUACCUGGACAUGCUGUCGUCUCCACAGCACACGGCCAAGGAGCUCCGUGUCCUCUGGGACAGGAAGAGGACCUGCGGAGACCCCUGCGGGUGUCCCUGGGACCACUGAUCCUGGUCCGCUCCAGUGGCACUGUGGGUAAAAAGAAGACACUUCUCUCGUUCAGUUUCUUAAAACGUCAAACUCAGCGGUGGUUCGAUAUUCUGCUACGAUGCAAAGACUUGAAGUGAUUUUCUUCUGAAUUAUAAUGUUGAAAAUAUUAAAAUAAACAAUCUGCAGAUAAAA